GUGAUGUCAGACAUAGGCAUCGGGUCACUGAACAGGAUCCUUACAGUGAACAGGGACAACAGCGAGAGGAAGAAGGUCCGAACGAAAUCGUAAGCGGUAGCUCGUCAAAAUCCAUCUCCAUCCGUGGAGAAUUAAAGCUUACUCGUAUCAAAACAGUGAGAGCAUAAAGUACACUCUUAGACCUUUUUAACAAGCACCGUAUUGCCACUGUAUGUGUUAAGUAGUAUUUUAAAACAAGUGGCGAAAGAUUGUGAGAGCUGACUUCAUCCGGAGACAACAUACAGAAGACAGUUAAUCGCUUGAAGAGAUCCUCUGUGUUACAUGUUUCGAGUGUUUUGCUUUUAAACAGACUUGGGCUUUAAAUCUGAACAUUAUCUUAUAUUUUGGAGCUAGCGAGCGUGCUUGCUAGCCGAUCACAGCUUGUUAAUCAUGGAGUUGAGAGUAGGAAACCGAUACAGGCUGGGCAGGAAAAUUGGAAGUGGAUCGUUUGGAGACAUCUAUCUGGGUACUGAUAUCUCAGUUGGAGAGGAGGUAGCCAUCAAAUUGGAAUGUGUGAAGACCAAACACCCACAGCUCCACAUAGAGAGCAAAAUCUACAAGAUGAUGCAGGGUGGAGUGGGUAUUCCAACAAUAAAGUGGUGCGGGGCUGAGGGCGACUACAACGUGAUGGUGAUGGAGCUGCUGGGACCCAGUCUGGAGGAUCUGUUCAACUUCUGCUCUCGGAAGUUCAGCCUCAAGACAGUCCUGCUACUGGCUGACCAGAUGAUCAGCCGUAUUGAAUACAUCCACUCCAAGAACUUCAUCCACAGAGACGUAAAGCCAGAUAACUUUCUGAUGGGGCUGGGUAAGAAAGGCAACCUGGUCUACAUCAUCGACUUCGGCCUGGCCAAGAAAUACCGCGAUGCCCGCACACACCAGCACAUCCCCUACCGCGAGAACAAGAACCUGACUGGCACUGCCCGCUAUGCCUCCAUAAACACACAUCUGGGCAUUGAACAGUCCAGACGGGAUGACUUGGAGUCAUUGGGAUACGUCCUUAUGUACUUCAACCUGGGUUCUCUGCCCUGGCAAGGUCUCAAAGCAGCCACCAAGAGGCAGAAGUAUGAACGCAUCAGUGAGAAGAAAAUGUCCACACCCAUUGAGAUCCUCUGCAAAGGAUACCCAUCGGAAUUUGCCACCUACUUGAAUUUCUGCCGCUCUCUGCGGUUCGACGACAAACCAGACUACUCGUAUCUCCGCCAGCUCUUCAGGAACCUCUUCCACAGACAGGGGUUCUCCUAUGACUAUGUCUUCGACUGGAAUAUGCUCAAAUUUGGUGCCAACAGGGCUGUGGAGGACGCAGAGAGGGAGCGUCGGGAACGGGAGGAAAGGCUGAGGCACAGUAGGAACCCAGGAGCCAGGGGUAUGCAGCAGGCCUCAGGAAGAGCCCGGGCAGCUCAGGACAUCGCAGCCCCCUCCCCACUAAACCCCACCUCACACACAGGCAUGGAGAAAGAGAGGAAAGUGAGCAUGCGUCUUCAUCGUGGAGCACCUGUCAACAUUUCGUCCUCAGACCUGACGGGGCGCCAGGACACAUCCCGCAUGUCCACCUCACAGGCUCUGUCCCGGGUCACACCCAGCGGCCUACAGUCUGCGGCUCCACGAUGAACUCCUCCCAUCCACCCAUGCACCAUGGAGGCCUCAACAUGCAGCACACACACAUACACUGGACUCUUGAGUGAUGCAGAGGGCUGCCAACCAAUGUACAAAAGUCUGGCUGCACUCUUGUUCACUUGACAGUUGAAGAGUUGCACAGCCAGGAGUGUGUUUGUGUGUGUGUGAGAGAGAUGGGUGGGUGGAGUACAGUUUGGUUGCCUUAACCACCUCGGCAAAGUAGCAGCCACAGCCUCCCUUCUUCUUCUCCCUUGGAAGAUGUGGAAACACUCCCCCUCUUCCUCCUCACUGUUGAUGAAGCCAUGGAUUCACUUUUCUCUGGCAUCAUGUUUUUUUUUUUUGUUUGUUUUUUUUUUUUAAUCUUUGGUUUUACUUAUUUUUAUUCUUUAGCAUUAAACUUCCUCUUACACCAGCUCCACUGGUCAGACUUUACAAGGGUUUGAAAAUAAAGAAUGGCAAGUCUCUUAGUUAUUGAAAAUAGUGUGUGGGACUUUUUUAAAUUCUAAAAUCAAGAAGACGCAUGAUCCAUCAUGGCAGUGUUAAAGGACAGUGCCUAAGCUCUAUUUUGUGUCCUGAAAGACUGUUUAAAUACUUAAAGUCAACCAUUUUUCUUUUAUAGGUGUUUUAGUUUAACAUUUAAAGGUAGGAUAACUCCCACUGUUUUUAAAAUGGGACAAAUGAUCUCAUUGAUGUUUUAUUUUUUAAGCUGAUCCCAUAGUGUGAUUGCUUUUGUCCCCCCUCAGGUGUGUUGGAACCAGGAGAGUGUGGUAAAUCUAAAACAUGCAGCAUAUUUUCUUUCUGUAUUCAGGUUGGGACUGCAGAGUACUGUUUGGGAAAGCUGUGAGUGGAACAGUGAAAUAGUUGGGGUGUCAGUCUUUCCACGAUGAAUGGAUGAGAUGUUGUUUUUGUGCAUAGUGAUGUAGUUUUUGUGAGUUUGUGUGAUCAUGUCUAGGGGUUCUACAUGUUUAAACAAAGGGUGUGUGUGCGUGUGUUUAAAAAAAAAAAAAAAAAGUCUCUUCCAAUCUAAUGAUACACACUGGAAUUUACAGCUUUACAACAGUAGGACAGAGCGUAACAUUUUUAAUUGUCAGUUUGCAUGAUUAUUUUGGUGAAAUGCAUUAUAUUAUAACACAGCAAACUGCUCUAUCAUGAGUUUGGUCAGAAUCAGACAGUGUCCUGAUUCAUUACAUUCAGCCUUAUCCUGAUCUGUAAUAUGUGCCAUGACACAGUAUUUUACCACAUGGUUGCACAUUGCACAACUAAAGUACAAGAUAGUUCAGGUGAAAGGCGCUCACCUCCAGGAUUACUACUCAGCCUGUAAAACAAUUUCUAAUGUCUUCUGAUGCUCUGGAAAAGCUUUCACAAAAAAAUUGUAUGGAGUUGCAUUAAGCUGCUGUUAUACUUUCUGCUUAUAAACGGGUCUGCGAGGGUUCACGAGGGUCCAUAUGACAUAAAUUUCGUCAUCAGGUUGUAUACACAAGGCGCUUUGCAGACAUCUGUGUGCCCUCCAAUUUGUUGUGUCCACAGAUUUAUCUGUGCUGCUCUGUAAGGCCACUGUGUUUUAAGGCCCACCUAUUGUGCAUGCCCUACUCCAGGUGGACUAGAAAGUAAUAUAGUAAGAUACUACCACAACCUGGAUGACUGAGAACCUACACAGAUGUAGUAUAAUAAGAACUACACAUCCAUGUUCUCUGUAGCUGUCCAUAUGUGUGUCCUUAAGGAAGUAUAAUUGAGGCCAUAUGGUAUAUGUAGGAUUAAGUGUGUCUGGAGCUUGACUCAUUAGGGGACUUGUAUCUUAGCCUUAGUUGCCUCUGUUCUGACAUUCUUCUUUUCAUUUGUUUUUGAAAGUCCUGCAACAUUAAAAAAAGGUAAUGCUAGAGUAUUUAAAAGAUGCACCCCAGAAUUUGGUACUUUGCCCACACAUUUUCCCAAGUUGAACUUCAAGCAUUAGCAGUGAGCUGGCACAUUAUUUGGGAGCUCUGUUGGGCACAGUAAGAAAACUAGCCUGUAUGCCAGCUUUCUUUUCAUGUUUUUUUUUGUUUUGUUUUGUUUUGUUUAAAAUCCGAUUUAAAAGUGAAAAUUUUACAUUAGCUGUAACUGCUACUAUCUUUUUCUAAAAACAAAAAAUGUUUUCAUGUUGAAUUUUAACAGCUGGAAUAGAUAAAGCACAACAAGGUACAUAUAAAGGACUGAAAUCAUCAGGCUUAAAGUAACUGAUUUUAAUUAAAGGAUGCCUCAGUCAGUGAUUUUUCAGACCAACUCAGGCCAUCCACAUAUGAAGGUCAGAUGAGCGAUACAAGAGUCCAGGUAGAAAAUGGACUUUUAUGCUUUAACGUCAUCUUAAAAGGAAGCGAGGAGGUUUUGGAGAGCUGUGAACUGAGUGUUGUCUAAAGAAAGGAGGUCACAACUGAGUCCCAACAAUACCAGGCCUCAACAAGCCUCAAUUGGCUCUUCUUGGCUAAUCGUCUUUCUUUCAAGAGGAGACAUCAUUUGAACAGCUGACCAAUGUGAUUAAUGAAUGCUGCAUAUUUUGAAGUAGAGAGUUCGUUGAUCUGGUAGACUGGUUCCAAAAUAUUGUAGGCCAUGUUCUGUAGUUGAAGGGGAAGGGGGUUGUAGUGCUAAAUUGUACAUGUGUGUUCUGUUGUUGUGUAUAGGUUAUGCCUGCUCUGUCUACCACAUCCAUAUGAGCAACUGUUUUGGAUGAUGAUGACAGUGUGUGAAGGGACAGGGAAUGCUUCACUCCAUUAGAGUUCUGCUAAGGCAGCUUUUUAAAAUAUACUUCACCUGUGGGCUUGAAAAACCAACCAAAAAAAAAUUUAACUCACUUAUUUGUCUCACUGAUGAUGGCUAUGAUAAAUGCAAGUACACUUUACAUGGUAGUUUACUUUUUCAGUCUGUUCUGUCUGCUUUACACUGUUAUUUCUUCGUUUUGUCACCACUUGUGCAAUUUGCUUUUAACUGUGCAGUGGAGAUGGUUGCUCAUAUCCCACAAUGCAUUUCUUCACUGUGGAUUCAUGGGAAAUCUUUGUCUUUCCACCUUAUGACUUUUGCUCCUCACUUGUAAUACCACUGUAUUUGUGUAUUUUAAAAUUGUGUAAAUAAAUUAAUAAGUACUUGUA